AUGGGCACUCGCACAGUUACCCUCGUCUCUAUUAUCACUCUUCUGUUCAGCCCGUUCUCUCUGGCUACCCCGUUGAGAGAACCGGUCGCUCUCGGACAGUCAUUCAUAACGGGGGAUGAUGGCUACGACCCGGCAGUGGACAUGUCCUCCCAGCUAUCGAUCAGCUCCACCGAUCGUGCGGGUAUCAUCCAGGCGGGAUCGGACGAUCUCAGUGCGACCGCUGCGCCGUCCUGGUUUACCUCAACACUGAUGGCUCGUCGCCUACUGGCGCUUUCGACCACCGGGGUGAUAUCCACCAUCUUCCCAAAGCCCACCAGUCCAGAUACGUCGCGUAUCCCCGACGCGGUGGCCGGCCACUCCAUCAGUCUCCCGGAAUACAUCUCCGACUGCGACGAGGCGCUCCCUUCGGGCGGCGGCGGCGACGGUAACCCGACGUUUCUAGCGCUCCACAUCUCGACCACGUUCCGUAACAUCGCGGCCGGAUCCAAUCUCAGCGUUUCCAUCGACUGGUGGGACCAUGUCAACAAGACGCAGCCCGUGUUCCCUGGCUUCCCCCUCAGCGAGGCGGGGCUGCCGCGCGUGUCGCUCUUCGGCUACCUCGAGUCGUUCCCGACCCCGGUGCCCUCGGACACGGAGCAGGCGCUGCGGUCCUGCUACCUGAAGGCGCAUCCGGAUGCCGAGGCGUGGUUGCCCGAUAAGCCGGGGGCACCGCAUACGAGCUUCUGGGCGCGGAUGGUGGUCACGCAGGCGUACUGGAUCGGAGGGUUUGGAGGAUUGCAGCAGAUAGGCUGGAUGAACAUGACGGAGUGGACGGGGAUUCGACGCAAGGGAAGCGUGGAUGGAGUGGGAGAUGGAAGAGGAUGGGAGAAUUCAACCCAGGGAAAUCCCCGCUGGACCAAUCGCGACCUGGAUCCGGUUCCACGAGAUCGACGACACUGGGGUCCCGCCAGCUUUGUUGCAUACUGGAUCUCCGACGCCUUCAACGCCGCCACCUGGCAAUUCGCCAGCAGCAUCAUGGCCGUUGGACUAGGCUGGCGCGAAUCCCUAGGCAUCGUGGCCCUCUCCUUCUUCAUCAUCUCCUUCGUGAUUGCCGCCAACGGCGCGGUCGGUGCCAUCUACCACAUUCCGUUCCCGGUGAUCGCGCGCGCCAGCUGGGGGUUCUGGGGCUCGUACGUAGCCAUCGUGUCGCGCGUCAUCCUGGCACUGUUCUGGUUCGCUAUCCAGAACGUCAAUGGAGGGAAUGCAGUGCGGGUGAUGCUCGGCGCUAUCUGGCCGAGAUUUCUCACCCUGCAUAACGAUCUCCCCGAGGACGAGGGUAUCACAACUACCGGGAUGAUCGGGUAUCUUGUGUUCUGGCUGGUGCAGUUCCCCUUUCUCUGUAUGCAUCCGAAUCAACUACGGUGGUUGUUCGUGGCGAAGUCGGUGCUCGUGCCUAUCGCAUGGAUCGCGAUUCUAAUCUGGGCGUUUAUCGCAGAGGGUGGAGGUGAUCUCUUCGCACGCACGGCCACGGUGUCGGGCAGUCGAUAUAGUUGGCUCUUUCUCUCUAGUAUGACGUCUGUAUUGGGGAAUUAUGCCACGUUGAGCGUGAAUCAGUCUGACUUCUCUCGAUACUCCCGCUGCACCCCCAAAUGGCAACUCCUCUACAUCCCCAUGCUCCCUCUUGUAUUCACAUUCAUCUCCUUCAUCGGCAUCGCCGCCUCAUCAGCCGGAUACACACGCUACAACACCCCUUCAAUCCCAUGGGAUCCGCUCGACCUAAUCAGCCACUGGAGCAGUCGCGCAUGCCGAUUCUUCGGCGCGUUCUCGUUCGCGCUGGCCUCGCUCGGCGUCAACAUCUCUGCGAAUUCCAUCUCCGCCGCGAAUGACCUGACCGCCCUUGUCCCGGGGUACAUCGACCUCCGUCGCGGGCAGAUCCUCUGCGGAUUGGUGUCUUGGGGUCUCGUGCCGUGGAAGAUCCUCGCGUCCGCGACGAAUUUUUUGAAUUUCAUGGCGGCAUAUGCGGUGUUUCUCGGACCGAUUGCCGCGAUCAUGGUGUGGGAUUUUUGGCUGCUCAAGAAUAGGCAAUAUGAUGUACCUGCGUUGUAUCAGCCACGGGAUCGGAAGUAUUCGUAUGGUAGGUGGGGGGUGAAUUGGAGGGCCGUCGUUGCUUUCGUAGUCGGCGUUGUGCUGAAUUUGCCCGGGUUGAUGCAUUCGGUUAAUGGGGGGAUUGAUGUGGGUGUUGGAGGGCGUCCGUAUGAGUUUGGAUGGUUAUUGGGAUUUGUUGCUACUAGUGUUGUGUAUGUGGGAGUGUCUUUGAUAUGGAGAGAUUGUUCGAGAGAGAGUGAGAGAGAGGAAGUGAUGGAUGACAGGGAGGGGAAUAAGCUUGCAUAG